UCAUCCUCUUCGCUCUUGUGCCCUUCUUCUUGGACCAUUCAGUACGGUCUGCCUUUUUUAAUGUUUACUCUCUUCAGCUCGAUAUAGCUAUUCCCGAGACUGUGCGAUUGAGUGAGAGUGAUAGACAGUGUGAUCAUGGAUACGUAUGCGCUGCAUUUGGCCGCUGCGGCUCUGGUUGGAGCUUCCGUGGUGGCUUUGUCGGCUUACUACAUGCACCGGAAGACUCUGACUCAACUUCUUGAGUUUGCCAAGACGGUAGAUAAAAAUAGGGAGAAAGACGAUGUUUCCGCCGGUGAUUCGACGCAGCAUUUCAUGAAGCGGCGUUCUCAUGCAAGGAGGAAGGGGAGUGGGUAUUACAGGCGGGACUCUGGGUCCUUAAACGAUGUUAUGGCAAUCUCCGGAGGGAAGGAUGGAGAGGAGAAGCGCAACGGUCCGAUGCUGGUUAAUGGUAUCCCGGAUGGGCUACCCAGCCUGCAUAUGGUUCACGAAGGAAAAUCUGCACAGGCUGUUGACGAAAAGAAAAAUCUUUUGUGGUCAACUUCUCCUAGGUCUCCUGUUUCUAGCGCUAGUGCCUUUGAAAGUGGGGCGGCAUCAGAUGAUGAAGAUAAUAUGACUGACAAUGCUAAAGUAGAUCCCAGAUAUUUGCACACGAAUGGAAAUGUUGGUAUUGGGGCCAAAAACCCAUAUGAGAGUUUACCUGAUCAUGUAAAUGCUGCUGGAGAGCAAAUGUCGGCCGUUGCUUCAAGCAUGAUCCAUUCUCAUAGUGUUUCUGGUGACUUGCAUGGUAUUCAGCCUCACCCUAUUGCAGCUGACAUUCUGAGAAAAGAGCCAGAGCAUGAAAGUUUUGCCCGACUUAAUGUUACUCCAAUUGAGGCUCCAUCACCUGAUGAAGUAGAAGUAUAUGUAAUUCUUCAAGAAUGCCUUGAAAUGCGAAAAAGAUACGUGUUCAAAGAGGCAGUUGCUCCUUGGGAGAAAGAAGUUAUAUCUGAGCGUGGUACUCCAAAGCCUAACCUAGACCCCUUCGUUUACAUUCCUGAAGGAAAGUCUGAUCAUUACUUUGAAAUGCAAGAUGGGGUUAUUCAUGUUUACCCUUGUAAAGACUCAAAGGAAGAGCUUUUCCCUAUUGCUGAUGCUACUACCUUCUUCACUGAUCUUCAUCACAUACUUCGAGUCAUUGCAGCAGGAAAUACUAGAACUUUAUGCCAUCAUCGUCUUAAUCUUCUAGAACAAAAAUUCAAGCUUCAUUUGAUGUUAAAUGCGGAUAGGGAAUUUCUCGCCCAGAAAAGUGCUCCUCAUCGAGACUUCUAUAAUGUUAGGAAAGUAGAUACACAUGUACAUCACUCAGCAUGCAUGAACCAGAAAUGUCUAUUACGAUUUAUAAAGUCAAAGCUGAGGAAAGAACCAGAUGAGGGGGGGGAGCGUGCUUCAUCAAAAGGGUUGCUGUCAAAUGCAGAAGUUGUCAUAUUUCGAGAUGGGACAUAUUUGACCUUGAAAGAAGUUUUUGAGAGUCUUGAUUUGACUGGGUAUGACCUCAAUGUGGACCUUUUGGAUGUUCAUGCAGACAAGAGUACAUUUCAUCGUUUUGACAAGUUUAAUUUGAAGUACAAUCCUUGUGGUCAAAGUAGGCUCAGAGAGAUAUUCUUAAAGCAGGAUAAUUUGAUUCAAGGUCGCUUCCUUGCUGAGCUGACAAAAGAAGUGUUUUCUGAUCUUGAUGCCUGUAAAUAUCAGAUGGCUGAGUAUCGAAUAUCAAUAUAUGGGAGGAAGCAAAGUGAGUGGGAUCAACUGGCCAGUUGGAUAUUGAAUAAUGAGCUGUACAGUGAGAAUGUUGUUUGGUUAAUUCAGCUUCCUCGGUUGUACAAUGUCUACAAAGAACUGGGAAUAGUGACGUCAUUCCAGAACAUUCUUGACAACAUCUUCAUUCCACUAUUCGAAGUCACUGUGGACCCAGAUUCUCAUCCACAGUUGCAUGUUCUCUUGAAACAGGUUGUUGGGUUGGAUUUGGUUGAUGAUGAAAGUAAGCCUGAAAGACGGCCAACUAAACACAUGCCUACACCUGAUCGGUGGACCAAUGUUUAUAAUCCAGCAUAUUCGUACUAUGUGUACUACUGUUAUGCAAAUCUUUACACCUUAAAUAAGCUUCGUGAGUCAAAGGGAAUGACAACAAUCAAAUUCCGCCCUCAUUGUGGAGAGGCUGGUGAUAUUGACCACCUAGCUGCAACCUUUCUCACUGCUCAUAGCAUUGCACAUGGAAUUAAUUUGAGGAAAUCUCCAGUGCUUCAGUAUUUGUAUUACCUAGCUCAGAUUGGGUUGGCUAUGUCUCCUUUGAGUAAUAACUCCCUAUUUUUGGACUACCAUCGGAAUCCCUUCCCAACAUUCUUCGCACGGGGUCUGAAUGUGUCGCUUUCUACUGAUGAUCCACUUCAAAUUCACUUAACUAGAGAACCAUUGGUUGAAGAAUAUAGCAUUGCUGCAUCUGUUUGGAAAUUAAGCUCUUGUGAUAUAUGUGAGAUUGCCCGUAAUUCAGUGUAUCAAUCUGGUUUCUCGCAUGCCUUAAAGUCACAUUGGAUUGGCAAGGAGUAUUACCGGAAGGGGCCUAAUGGAAACGACAUUCACAGAACGAAUGUUCCUCACAUUCGGGUAGAAUUCCGACACACGAUUUGGAGAGACGAGAUGCAACAGGUUUACUUGGGAAAGGCCAUUGCCUCCGAAAUAGACAUGUAAUAUAGUUCAAGCCACGUGCAUCGUCCUUGCUUCGAGCUUUUGAACAGGUCUUAAUUGAGCUCCAGCUCGUCAGCAUCAAAGGAGAUGACAAGCUUCGGAGAACCCCAUCUAAGUUAACAGUCGGGCCUGACGCGCGCGCACAUAUAUAUUACACACCGACUCACCAACGCUGAAGAAUCUACGGCACUGCCUGGAGGACAUGACCAGAAGCCGGAACACCAUACUUGAUCGACACCAACAGCUACAAGACAACUUGGUGUACAGAUAUUAAUUUUGAGCUUAGAGAUAAGAAUAAUUUGAUUUUAAUUAUAAUCAUACGCGUUGAGCGAAUUUGCGGUUGAAUCAUGGCAGGAAGAGAAGAUGGCUCUGAAAAAUUUUGAUUCGAUAUUUAUCACAACCAUUGUAUAUGCUUCGAUCAAACUAAAAUUGAGAUCAAUCAUUUUUAUGAAUACAGUAAUUAUCCUCUCUUUUUGGCGUA